GCGAUCGUCCCGCAGCGUCCGCCGGCACCGCGCUGAUUGCGGGGUCGUCCUCCCGCACCCCCCACCCCUGAGGGCGCGGGGCAGCCUCCGCCGGGACUUCAUGUCUGUGCUGUGUCCCCUGCCCUGCCCUGAUUAUCUGAGAUCAGCUGAAAUGACUGAAGUGAUGAUGAACACCCCAGCUAUGGAUGAGAUUGGGCUAAGCCCCCGCAAGGACGGCCUGUCGUAUCAGAUCUUCCCCGAUCCCUCCGACUUUGACCGCUACUGUAAGCUGAAGGACCGCCUGCCCUCCAUCGUGGUGGAGCCGACGGAGGGCGACGUGGAGAGCGGUGAGCUGAGAUGGCCACCCGAAGAGUUCCUCGUGCAGGAGGAGGAGGAGGAAGAGGAGGAAGAAGAGAACUGUGAAGAUGCAAAGAAGGACAACAAGGAGCAAUAAAUGGCACCAGAGGAAAGGCAAGGGACUGCACCCUUCUGAAGGAAGAGCCACGCUUCUUUUGAAAGUCUUUUUAAAGGAAAAGACAAGUUCAACUUUGCACCUGCGAGAUCUUAGUUAUUUUGUAAUUCUCUGUAUUGAGAACUGAAGCCCUCGGUGUCACCAGACCUCCUGAGGAAGGAAGGAAGUAACGCAGAGAAAUGUUUGCUGUUCUCGAGAUCAUUAUCUGUAUUUUUCCGAGGUGGAGGCAGCAGUGAAAUUCCAAGCACAUGGCAGAGGGUGACCAUGCGAGGGACCGCUGGAGGGGGGAGCUCGGGGAGGGGGAGGAAAGCCAGAGGCGGCGGCAGCGCUCGGUACGGAGCUGCCUCCAGCUACAAGCAUGAGAACAGAGCUGUAAUCCCUCAGAUUUGCCUUUCUUACAGCUUCCAUUUGUGUGUCAGGGGGUGGAAGGGUGUCCGUAGUGAGGAAUGGCUGAAGGCUCUACUGUUGAGGGGCCUGUAGCUCUCCCCAGUUUGGCACCUCCCUAGGGUAACGUGAGCGUCCGUAGGAAUAAUUGGGUUUCUUGCUCUUGCUGUUGAGCCUAUUUUCCAGCCACUUUUCCCAAAGCUGUUUUCUUCCCCUCUGCCUUUAGACUCUUCGUUGCUGAUCAGCUGUAUUUGCAGGGUAAUAUUAGGCUGCUGCUUGUCAUCUCUACUGCGAGGCCCUAGUUUAUCUUGCCGGUGGUUAGUGUGAGGUAAUGCGCACUGGAUGGAAAGAUGCUUUUGUCUGCAGCAAGAGCUCACAUAGGUUUGAACACCUCAGAUUUUCCUCUCCUAUUUGCUGAGGCUGCUUUGAUCUCCUCUUGUACAGCUCCCAGAGCCAGAGAGUGGAGGUUAAGCCUCCUUACCUUGGUGUCCGCGAGGCUGUAGGGUUUUAUGUCUCCAGCUUGCUGGUCAAUGGCCUUGAGAGAGCUGGGGUGAGGGAUCUCUUCCAGCUUUGCACUGCAGGACAAGCUGGUAGGGGUGUGCAUAGUAGGGAGCGCUGCCAGACCUGAGGUAAUCCAAAGAUGAAACACUUCGAUCUAGUGUGGAUCACCAGUGGGAAAGGGGGGUUUGCAGAAGGGGUCUGUUGGGAGAGGAUUAGCUUGGGUGUCCUGAGACAAGGUGUGGUUUUGCUUCAUAGCAAGGGGAAAACAUUCAUGAGCUGCAGAGUGGCUUGCAGAGUCUGUGGUUGUGUCCUCUUCACCAUAUCCUGCUUCAAGGAAAAGUCAUCUGUCUCUGUUUGGGGAGGAGGCCAGUCUGCUGCCAGACACAGUAACCUGCUGCUUGGCUGGAAAGAGAUCUUGCAGCUUUGGGGACCAGCUUGGGAGCCAAUUGGUCUUGGGCUAGGAUGAGAACAGGUACCACCUAAACCAAAUCUGGGGUCAUGGAAGAGAAAAAGAAAUGUCAAGGCCUUAACCAAACUUUCAUAAUAAUCCCAGUGCCACCCUCCCCCUUUGCUUAUAACUGGUUCCAUUUUUAAAACCUAUUUGGACAUGUGUGUAUUUGUAUUUUUAAUACCUCAUGAGUAGUAAAACGCUGGUGGGGUUGGGAACUGCUUUUAACAUAUUGGCAGGAUUGUUUUAGUCUUGUCUUGCUCGUGUUUAAACAUAAUGGCAAUAAUUUAUCAGCUCUGCAUAACUGUUUCGGACAGAUAGGAGUUUGGAGAGGAGUUAGCACAAAGCAGGAGAAAUUCAGUGUUCCUACACUGCGGCUGGUCUCCAGUCCAGCAACGCAGACCCGGUUAUACAUGCUCCCUGCCUGUCUUGGUGUACAGUUGAUCACCAAACGGUCAUGAUGUGGUGAUACCAUUUUCUCUAGUGAUGGAUUCAGCUGUUGUACCUGUAACACUUGUUCUAGUCUUGCUGUCUUACUGGAAUGAGCUUGUACACCUGCAUACCAGCCAGUCAUCUUACUUCUAAGUGUUACUCUCUAUUGGUCUCUACUGUCUGUACCACCAAGUCAAAGCUGUAUAUCAAAGAUAUUACCGUAUGGGCAGCAGUGAGAUGGCAAUCCUUGGACUUUAGACCUGCUGUCUGCCCUAAAGACCUGCGUAUUUCUGUCUGCAUCCUUUUUUUGGAAGUAUUGUGUAUAUUUCUAUUUGUCGUUGAACGUAUCUAAAGAACAAAGCACUCCAGUAAAUCUCCUGUUGUAUGAUAUACAUUCUAUAUUUCUGUAAUUCUUUUUGAGCCUCAGGGAGAAGCUAGCAUUUUUUUCAAACUACAUUUUUGUCACUGUGACAGUUGUAAAUAAAGUUUGAAAAUGCUUUCCAAA